AGUGGUGCAAAAUAACUCGCACGAAAAGAUCAGAGCAGCUAGCUGAAGAAGAAGGAGAAGAAGGUCAUCAACUCAUCAUCAUGGACUAUUCUUCAUCCACUUCUUAUCGUCCUCAUAUGAUACUGUUUCCCUUCAUGUCCAAAGGCCACACCAUCCCCAUGCUCCACCUCGCUUCCCUCCUCCUCCACCGCCGCAUCCCUGUCACCUUCUUCACCACUCCAGCAAACCGUCCCUUCAUCUCUCAGUAUCUCGCUGGCUCCGAAGCCUCCAUCGUUGAACUUCCCUUCCCGGAACAAGUUGCAGGAGUGCCCACCGGCGUGGAGAGCACCGAUAAGCUGCCGUCAAUGUCCCUCUUUCUCCCAUUUGCUCAAGCCACAAAGCUUCUCCAACCCCACUUCGAACGUGAGCUGGAGAAUCUCCAACCAGUCACCUGCAUGAUAUCGGAUGGAUUCCUUUGGUGGACUCAGUAUUCCGCUUCGAAAUUCGGUAUUCCGCGGUUGGUGUUCUAUGGUUUUAGCAGCUACGCCAUGACUCUGUCCAGAUGUGUGUCCGUGAAUGGUCUCCUCAUCGGACCUGAAUCAGAUGACGAGCCAUUCUCCGUGCCCGAAUUUCCAUGGAUCAGGCUCACCAAAAACGACUUCGAGCCAUCUUUCGGAGAGACAAGUGGUGCGCAAACCGACUUCUUGAUGGAAACGGCUAAAUCAACAUCGGAAAGCAGUGGUCUGGUCAUCAACAGCUUCUGUGAGAUUGAUUCUGUAUUCUUGGAUUACUGGAAUCGGAAGUUCAAAGAUCCAAAAGGCUGGUGCAUUGGACCACUGUGCUUGGUUGAGCCACCCAGGGUCGAACUCCAACCCCAUGAAAAGCCCGCAUGGGUGGAGUGGCUAGACUUAAAGCUAGCCCAGGGAAACCCAGUUCUGUAUGUGGCAUUCGGGUCCCAAGCAGACAUCUCAGCAGAACAACUCCAAGAGAUAGCAACCGGGUUGGAAGAAUCAAAGGCAAACUUUAUAUGGGUAAAGAGACAAAAAGAGUCCGAGAUCGGAGAUGGAUUUGAAGAGAGAGUGAAGGACAGAGGAAUCGUAGUGAAAGAGUGGGUCGACCAGAGGCAGAUUCUGAGUCACAGAUCGGUACAAGGGUUUCUGAGUCACUGCGGGUGGAACUCGGUGCUGGAGAGCAUAUGCGCGGCAGUUCCGAUACUGGCAUGGCCGAUGAUGGCGGAGCAGCACCUGAACGCGAGGAAUGUGGUGGAGGAGAUGAAGGUGGGUCUGAGAGUAGAAACCACAGAUGGGUCGGUGAGAGGGUUUGUGAAGAAAGAAGGGUUAGAGAAAAUGGUCAAAGAGUUGAUGGAAGGAGAUAUGGGAAAACAAGUGAGGAAGAAGGUGAAGGAGGUUGCAGAGGCGGCGAAGACAGCCAUGGAAGAGGGCGGGUCGUCGUGGCAAACGCUAAACCUUCUUAUCGGUGAGACGUGCAAGAAAACCAGUGUUGGAAACGACGUCGUUUGAAUAUCUCGCAUCUACUUGUUCAGGCAUCGUUGGUUUUCACCGUUUUGGUCUUCCUUCUUGUGAGGGUUGUGACCGGUUUGUUUCAUUGCGCAUGCUGGUAUUUGAUAUCAAGAUAAAUAUCUCAUAAAUUCAUAAAAUGUCUAUGCUUCAAUUU